AUGACAGGAAUUUUGACAAAAGAAAACAGGAAACGUGGAGGCAAGUCUAUGCAACUUAUUAGCAAGUCAGAUUAUUCUUCACAACUGCAACGGGCUAUCAAUCGGAUGAAGGCUGAUUAUGAAGAAGCUAUUUCUUUGCCUAUUAGUGAUAUUUUUAUGGAAAUUUGUUUUAGAGCUCUCACGUCACCAGGAGGAUCAGUUUUAUUGGCCGGACAGUCAGGAAUUGGAAGCAGAGCUGCGAUUGAAAUUAUGAGUCAAAUGCAUCAAAUGAAGCUUUGCAAUCUUCGUGUCUCCUCUUCUUACUCAUUGCGGCAAUUCAAUCAAGACUUGAGAGAUGCAAUUCAAAUGGCUUGUGUGGAUGGUGAGCAAGUACUGCUAGUAAUAGAGGAUUACCAAUUGCUUGAUGAAUCAUUCCUUCAACACAUCAACUCUUUGAUUGCCUCAGGGAAUGUACCAGGCUUGUAUAAUAGUCAGCAGGAAGUUGACUCACUCUUAUCCCGUCUGAGAGAUUCUGCAAUGGAAGAGGGGUUUGGAGGAGGGGGAAGUACAACAGGAAAUCUGCAUGAUUACUUUGCUUUUAAAAUUCAGCAGAAUGUGCAUGUAGCUAUGAUUAUGAAUACUGGACAUCAAAAAUUUGCAUCAAGGAUUCUUUCAAAUCCGUCGCUUUAUAAGAGAUGUAAUAUUGUAUGUAAAUUACUAUAUCGACUAAUACACCUUGAAUUUACAAAAAUCGUGAAUUUCCACUAUACUUGGGUUACGAUGUUUAGUGAUAGUGGACUUCUGAUUUGGCAACCAAAUUUAUCUCCUGAAACACUAAAACAAAUUGCCGAAUUGUCUCUUAUACAAAAGAAAGAUGAUUCUGACAAAAAUUCACAACCUCCAGCUAAUUGGUUGUUGCAAUCAUUUGUUCAAUUAUUCCAAUUGGCACCCUCAGAAAGUCAAUCACCCGAACGUUUUUCAAUUUUUGUAGAAAAUUUCCAUCAACUUUUGUCUGCAAAAAGGGCAACAAUUGAAAGGCGUGUAAAUUCUCUUAGAGGAGGGGUUACAAAAUUAACAGAAACGAGAACUGCUGUUGCUAAACUUCAAAAAAGGGCAGCUAAAAAAUCAAAACAAUUAGCUGAAAAACAGGCGGAGGCUGAUGCUGCACUUGCAGAAAUAACUAAAAGUAUGACUAGUGCAAAUGAACAGAAGGCUGAUAUGGAGGGAUUGAAAAGUGCUACUGAGGCUGAAAAUUUGAAAAUUGAGGAGCAGAAAAAGCUCAUUGAUCAACAAUUAAGCGAGUUGAAAGCUCGAGAAGCUGUUGGUUCAAUUAAAUCAGAAAGUUUAUCAGAAGUACGUAGUUUGCGCGCUCCUCCAGAAGCUAUUAGGGAUAUUUUACAAGCUGUUUUGCUUUUUAUGGGUAUUUUAGAUGUUUCGUGGGAGGCAAUGCGAAAAUUUUUAGCCAAAAGUGGUGUUAAGGAAGUACUUUUAUUUAAAAAAUUUUUGAAAAUAUAUUUUUAA